AUGGCCUUACUCACAUUACCAACUGAGCUACUCUUGUCAAUACCGGCAUUCCUCUACACAGAAAAAGAUAUUAGCUCGCUCUCUCGAUGCUCUACUCGUCUGCAUACAAUAUUGACGCCAUGCUUAUACCGAUAUAAUGCUCGCCACGGCGCAAGCUCUUCACUAUCGUGGGCCGCCAAGACUGGGAGUGAAGCAACAGCUCGAAAGUCUAUCCAAGAAGGAGGUGAUGUCUCAGUCAAAGAUGACAGCGGCUGGCAGCUUCUAUCUCGAGCCGCGCUGCAUGGACAUGAAGCAGUGGUGAAAGUGCUCCUUGAGACGGGAAAGGUCAAUAUCGACUCACAAGACGCCGAAGGUCGAACAGCCCUCUUCUGGGCUGCGGCAAAUGGACACGACGCGGUGGUCAAGCUUUUAAUCGAUCAAUCGGCAGAUCCAAACUCCAAGGAUCUAGUCGGAUGGUCAAUAUUAUUUUUGCCCGCAUCAAACGGACACAGUUCCGUGGUGGAACAGUUGCUUGCAACAGAACGAGUCGAUGUGAACUCCAGAGAUGCAGAGGGUCGAACGCCACUGUAUAUGGCUGCGGCUAAGGGACAUGAGGAUGUCGUGAAUUUAUUGAUCAACCAUGGCAAAGCUGAUCUUGGAUCGAAGGACUGCCAAGGUCGGUCGUUGUCAUAUUGGCCCAUGGUAAAUGGGUACAAGAAAGUGAAACAAAUGCUGCUCGACGCGGAAAGGACCCAUGCCUUUACUGCUACCACUGCCUUACCGGUUCUCUAG